AGAGAGAGGGAGAGAGAGAGAGACAGAGAGACAGAGGGAGGGGGAGAGAGGUGGUGCAGUCCAGCACAGUGAUCCAGGAGUGAGUGAGGCGACAGAGCGGAGGUGACAGCGGAGAAUGGAGAGGAGCCCGUCCGCCCGGCGAGCUUUGACCGCGGCGAGCGAGGAGAACCCACUCGGUCCUUCCCUUCUGGAGCCAGCGUGCUGAAAGAAACCGGGAGGAAUAAACUGGGGGUAAAGGAAAGGAAUGGCUGAUCCUCUGCGGAGGACUUUACUAGCGAAACUCCGGGGGAAGAAAUCCAAGAAAGGAGCGACGGUCGGCGGUGGAUACGGCUCUGCUGCUGCAGCUGCGGCGAAUGGGGGCCGAGAAGGUAAAGAAAAAGUUUUGCGUACGCAGCGAGACUCCGACGAGGCUCGCCCGGUAGUGUUGCUCGCAGGGCUGGAUUGCACGUCAGAGAGAAUGAGUACGUACGAGAAUUGUGUUGAAGGGGCGAUGGUGCAGACAGGGGGGGUCAUAAUAGUCCGGGAGAGUCGCGCAGCAGAGUUGUCCGGCGCACGUCCCCAGGAGCGGAGCAGCGGGGGUAGGGUUCGGGUUAAUGAGAAGCUCCUGGGGGUCUCACUUCAAAGAGACGGGCAGCUUGAGGGACGUGUGUUCAGGGAAGGAGAUAGGAGCCGAAAAGGACCCAGAUCUGCUGACAAAAUCACGUUACCGGCGGGAGUCCCGCUCGGAGGACCACAUGUCCAGAGAAAACACUUCGUGUCGGUCCCGCGGCAGUGCAGCGUCGGGGAUUCAAUCGGGUUUGGGGACAAUUCAAAUCACGUUUUGUACAGAGCUCGAGUAGAGGCGCAUACCGGGGGCGAUCAACCUCCAGAGGGCCGGGUAACUAGUGCUGAUAGUGAGGGGACAGAGCCCAGAGACAGAGGACAGUCCCGGCACAUGGCAGGGACUGUAGUGGCUGUACAGGAACACAACGCCAACUGGAGUUUUGACAACAACCCAACUUUGGAGACAAACUCGCCAAAUUGCGCGGCAAUUGUGUUUCCAAACGGUGUGUCAAGAAACACAGAUGAACACGUUUUAAUCAGUAACAUUGAGAGCUAUGAGCCAGAGUAUGCAGGGGACAUUAGAGGGUCUGCAGGUGGUCUGCAGAGCCCGACCUUUUUCCCUACGGAGUUAGAGAUAUGCGACAUUAACAUGGCAUCCCUGUGCGCCACAGAGGGCUCACUCAGAUACCCUUUAGACAGUGAAGAUGAGGAUUAUUAUGAUAAUGAAAUUCUGCCCUUUUAUGAAACUAUUAGAGUGAAAACUGAUGGUGACAGGGCAGAGGCUGCACACUCUGAGGUGCCACAGGCUGGUCAGGACAAAGGACAGCUGGAUGACUGUAACAGUGCUCAGGAAACAGACAGGCUUAGGAACCAGCUGAAAGAAGCUUAUUACCUUCUCAUCAACGCUAUGAAUGAUAUCAACCUGGAUGUCCAGCAGAUUAGUAGUGGUUUAACUGAGCAGCAGGCCGCCUCUUCCUGUAGUAGCCACUCCAGAGACAGUCUGUGCUCACGCUUAUCUGCCAAAAACAUGGACAGUGACUCCUGGUCCUCAGGAGGAGACCACAGCCCUCAGCAGGUGUCUGACACUGACUCACUCCUGCUCUGCCUCAGUGGGAACUCUGAGUCAGGACUCAAAAGCAGGCUGAACAGUAAGAGUAUGGUGAACCUGUCUUCGUCCAAGAUAAGGCCCACAUUACUGCGCUCUGCUAGUGACGGAGCUAUCAGGUGUCCAGGGGGACUCUCAGUCUGCGAGCAGGUCACUGGAACUCAGAAUCCAGAAAUCUGUCGUGAUAAAGAGGCUGCAGAGAGAAAAGAGGCUGAAGGAGCUAAAGUCAGAGGAGUGGGUGAGCUGUCAGACCACAACGCCAUCAGCAGUGAUGAGCAGCUACAAGAUGCUGGUGGCGAGGAGGAUCGUGGCGGGCGGCUCAAUGAGAGCAGCGGCUCGGUCAACAGCCUCACAGGUUCCUCAGACAGCAACGCCGAGGCAUCAACACAUCAGGGUCACAACAACAAGCAGGAGCUGAUCGGAGUCCGAGCGCAGGGGGCCAACUCUGUCAACAAAGGCCACGGUGUCACUGUCAACAAGAUGCAAGAAUGGAUGCACAAGGGCCGCCUGCUGUCUUCAGAGAUGAAGCAGCGUAUAGAGGGCUCAUCUUUGCCCCGUGGUGCAGGCCAAAACCAGGACCGGUCCUGUCCCCAGGCUAACCUCGGAGGGUCUAAACCUGGGGUCCAGACAUCCGGCCGAGGGGUUAAAUCUGCCAAGGCAAAAUCACCUACAGUCAAGUCACCACGGCAGCAACAGCCAGCUUUCAUUGAGAAUGUCCAAACCCCCUGUGCAAACGGCCGCGAGGUGGGCAGAGCCACCGAGCCUUCAUCAUGGAGGCAGCCGCUCACCACCAUCACCGUCUCCAAGAAACGCAACUGGCUGCAGCAGAGCUCCCUCGGGAAGAAUCACUGCACCAAGGACGAGCAGCAGGGAAUGCUGGGAGCUGAGGAUGAGGGUGGUCAGGCCUCCCAUCAGCCUCCGCCUCCUCCCAGUCCCUCCCCAGACCACCUGAGACCCUUAAGGGGAGCCACCCCGCGGCCGGUCCACCUGCAGCUGCCUCAGGUCGGUCAAGCCAAGGUGUCACUUCAACCUCGGAGCGUAGACCCAGCCGAGGAGAACGACGCAGACGAUGAAGGAGAGAUCUGGUACAACCCGAUCCCGGAGGACGACGAACCGGAGACGUCUCACCGACCCUCCAUCCGGCUGCUGGUCCCCCCUCGAACGGAGCUCGAGAGGAGGCCCAGCAGGGGAGGAGGUGAUGUGGGUCACGGCAGGAGGGCCCUGGAUGGCAGCGGAGGCACAGGGCCGGAGCCUCUCGGCGAAGGCCUUGGUGGCGGUUUAGGAGAUGGGAGUCAGGGGAAUGCUGCACAUUCCACAGAGGCGCUACAUCUGCACAGACAGAUGCUCGCGUGCAAACCUCAGGAGGAGGGUGGGCCUUCCACCAGCAGAACCACAGAUGGUCCUGACCUGCCCAAUGCUGUCGGCUUCUCCCCUCCCUCCAGCCCAAACCCAGCCAAGAAGAGUAGCUCCAUCAACUGGUCCUUCCCAGACAAGAUCAAGUCCCCACGCACCGUCAGGAAGAUCUCCAUGAAGAUGAAGAAGCUCCCAGAGCUCAGCCGGAAACUCAGUGUCAAGGGGACCCCGAGUAGCAGUAACAGCAACAACGGCAGCGGAAGCAGUCAGUUGGAGCCGAGAGCCCAUUCUCCCCGAAACAAUGGGGGUGGGUCGGAGGCUGUGUCCCAAACUUCAGGCCCUCCUAGGUUAGCGGCAUCUGGGGGUGGGCAGGCGAGGCGUAACGUGAUCUCGCGCUACCACCUGGAUAGCAGCGUGUCCACACAGCACAGCUUCAAUAAGAAGAAAAGUAACGGCAGCUCAAAGUCCGCCAGUAAAGGUGGCUACCUCAGUGAUGGUGACUCACCAGAGCUGGUGGCCAAAUCUGGGAAGCACAGCUCUGCAGAGGCGAAGGGAGGGAAAGGCAAGGAGAUGGAAGGAGGCGGAAGCUCGAAACUCAACGGAACAGAGCUGGACAUUGAUGCUUUCCGCCAUUACAGCUUCACAGAACAGCCCAAGUGCAGCCAGUACAUCUCCGGACUCAUGAGCCUGCACUUUUACGGUGCUGAGGACCUCAAACCUCCACGCAUCGACUCACGAGAUGUCUAUUGCGCCAUCCAAGUGGACUCGGUUAAUAAAGCACGAACCGCUCUCCUCACAUGUCGCACUACUUUCCUGGAUAUGGAUCACACCUUCAACAUUGAGCUGGAGAAUGCCCAGCACCUGAAGCUGGUGGUGUUCAGCUGGGAGCCUACACCGAGACGCAACCGUGUCUGCUGCCACGGCACGGUGGUCCUGCCUGCACUUUUCCGGGUGACGCGUUGCCACCAGCUGGCGGUGAAGCUGGAGCCGCGGGGGCUGAUCUACGUCAAGCUGAGCCUGAUGGAGCAGUGGCAGAACUCGCUGGACGGUGGGCCAGAUGGAGACAGGGAGCCCCAGGUGUUUGGUGUGGAGGCGUGGCGGGUGGUGGAGCGGGAGAACACGGGACUGAUGGUGCCACUGCUUAUAAGCAAGUGCAUCAAUGAGAUUGAGAAGAGAGGCUGCCAGGUGGUGGGUCUCUACCGUCUGUGUGGGUCUGCAGCAGUAAAGAAGGAACUACGUGAGGCGUUCGAGAGAGACAGCCACGGCGUGGAGCUUUGUGAAAACACGUAUCCUGACAUCAACGUCAUCACAGGAGUACUGAAGGACUACCUACGAGAGCUACCCUACCCUCUGAUCACCAAGCAGCUGUAUGAAGCCGUGCUGGAGUCCAUGGCCGUGAGGCCUCUGCGUAUUGGAGCAGCAGGCUGCGAGAACGACCAGGCCGACUCGGAGCACACCGUCAGCCUGCUGGAGAACCUGCCAGAGGUGGAGAGGGUGACACUGCGGAAGCUUCUCGACCAUCUGAAGCUGGUGGCGUCCUACCAGGAAGCCAACAAGAUGACAUGUCAGAACCUGGCGGUGUGUUUCGGCCCAGUGCUGCUGAGCCAGCGUCAGGAGGCGUCCUGCCACACCAACCGGGUCUUCAUCGACUCUGAGGAGCUGGCCAGCGCCCUGCACUUCAAAAAGCACAUCGAAGUCCUGCACUACCUGCUGCAGCUUUGGCCAGUUAUAGACCCACAUGGCCAGUCCUCCUUUCAGUCCCCUGCAACCUUUUUGGCACAGGCCUCAUCAGACCUACUGGUAGUUCCUCCUCUACGGCGGAGAAAAGAACGCCCCCAGGUCCUGAACCUCACUGAGGCGGAGAUGGCGGGUGUCCUGCGGCCCAAACCGGGGCGCCUGGACAGCCCCAGCAACCGCUACGCUGGUGACUGGAGCGGCUGUGGUGACAGCUACUUCCCUGAAAUGCUGCUGCCUCCCAGCAAAGAGGAGGCGGACUAUGACGAUGUGCCCUCUGAGGAUACAGAGGCAGCUGAGGAGGGGGAGGAGAAGCCUGAGAACGCAGAGGAAGAUACAGCGCAGAAAGUCACAAGCUCUGCGUAUGAUCCCACUGAGCAGGAGCAACCUCCAAGAGAGGAUGUGGUGAAGGAGGAGGAAGAGGAGAAAUCGGAGGAGGAGGAGGAGGAGGAGGAGGAGGAGGAGGAGAAGCAAGGAGAGAAUGAUAGUUCAGGCAUCGGGCAGCCAUUACACGAUGAGGAGGAAGAGGAGAGGGUGUGCGAUCACAUCCUGCCGCCCCGGUUGCCCAAAGAGCACACCUACCAGGCCUACAUGAAGAUCCAGGACAUCAGCCCAGUGCUUAGCAACAGAGUCAACCUGAGAGACCUGCAGGAGAGCAUCGACACUCUGAUAGGAAACCUGGAGAGAGAGCUCAACAAGAACAAGCUCAAUGUCGGAUACUGACUCCUACCACAGUCACACACACACACACACACACACACACAAGCACACACACACACACACACACGCACACACACUCUCACAAAGCCUGAUGAGGUUUGGGGAAGACCUUCUUUACCGAUCAAGGUGCUUCAGGAUACAGCCACAGUGUUGCCAUGGAGAUCAUGUGAGGUCACCAUGGCAAUGUGGCGUGCAGUGCUGCUGUAAAAACCUAAAGGAUGACAUGAGAAGAAACGUAAUGGGGCACUUCUGACGUUUGUACCUUACCCAUAGACAUUCCUAAUGUUUUUAUUUUCCUUUUAUUUUGUCGACUGUCUUACUUCAUGUUGUUGUUGGUUUGUUUCAAUCCGGUUCUGUGUUCCAUGUUGUUAUUGUUGCUUCUCUUCUUAUUAGAAGAACCCAUUGACCCCUCAGGGGUUUAAAAGGUGCCUUAAUUGUGUGAAGGUGGUACGUCGAUAUGAAAAUCCACCCUGGAAUAAAAUGCAUCUCCUCCCCUGAUCUUGAUACAGUGUUGGCCACCGACAGGAUGACCUCUGUGAUGUAGAGUUUUUACAUUGAAAAAGGCUAAAUACAGUAUGGUAUAUUUUUAGCAGGUAUGAAUGCACCCUGGGUGCUACAGGACUCUACUCAUGCAGAGCAAAGUUACUGAUAGACUGUAUUUAUCCAUUUUUUAAACUUGACCAUUUUCGUACCAAAACAUCCCAGUGCUUCUGGGUGCUUCAGAGUUUCCCCAAGUCUUGGCAGAAUCUGAGGCAGCGUGUGGACGUGGGACAUUUCCACAUCCUUUCAGUGGUAGGAAAAAAUCUGGGAUACAUUAGGCCUUUCAAUUAAGAAGUGGUUUCCAGCAAAAAUAUGUAAUUAAGUAAUUAAAUUAAUAAAAAAAAUGUGCAAAGACAACAAAACCAUCCUGUUGAUCAAGGCAGCCCCUCUGUCAUUUUUGGCUGCAGAAGAAAUAUGUUCCGAUAUUUUAUUGAACCCCACUGAUAUUUACCAGAACAUUAAUCUCUUAACGCUGAAUCGGAAAACUCCAGGAUUUGUUUCUGAAUUCAUGCUUCAAGCAUCUAUUUUCAUCUAGUUUCCAGCUUGUAACAAGCUUUUACUAUUUAUUGAAUCAGUUCUUGAAGAAUUUAAUAUUGCUUCUCCCCCUAGCCAUAGUAGAUAUUAAACAACCAUGUUUCUGAGGUUGUGUUGAACACCUUUUGAUGAGUAAACUGACCUUCACGUGUAAAAUCAGUGGAGUGUUCCUUUGAUUUAAACCAAGAUCACAGGAGGAACUUGUGUAUAUUCUGUUUCAGGGUGGAUUUCCUUGUUUAAGGCAGCAGAGAGCUUUUCUAUUGAGGUAUGAAACACUAAAUGUUGUACAACAAUAAUGCACUUAUGAGGCAGGCAGUAGUGUAGAUGUUCAUUAUAGAUCAUGCAGUAAAAAAUAUUCUGGCUGUGGACUGAAUUGAGGGAGAAACAGCCGCCACUGAAACCUCCUCUUACAGAUAAAUAUGAAAGACCAUGGGUUGAAAUGUAUUUUCUUUGAGCAAGAUUUUCAAUGUCUAGACACCAUCUACAGGCAUACACACGCCUGUCAGAUUUGGGUACGAGAUAAGGGGACUAACAGUUGUAUCUCUGUUUAUCUCUGUUCACAAGCGUACGGUAGAGAUGUGUUUUGAUUUUGAGCAGGCAACGAAAAAAAAGAGAGAACACGUGUUUCAUAUGGCAUCAUGUUCAGUUUAGGCUUAAAAGAAUAGUUUGACAUUUUGGGAAAUUUCUUUAUUCACUUUCAUGCCCAGAGUGAUAUGAGAAGAUCAGUAUCACUGUCAUGUCUGUGCGCUAAAUAUUAAGCAAGAGCCCGAAGACUGUCAGCUUAGCUUAGCGUAAAGACUGGAAGCAGGAGGAAACUUCUAGCCUGGGACUAUUACAGCUAAAUUUGUAACAAAAACUUUCACUUCAAUAAUAAAAGUGACUAAAAUAAAUAUAUUAUUUUUCUCAAUUUCUAUUUUACAUAGCCCAGAUGUUGUCCUCUGUCCCUGUCUUUUAUUUACUUCAGUUCCUUGCUAUUUUCAGUGAUGAUGUCAUUGUAAACAAAACAGUGCCUGGCUUCAGUAACUGUUUCAGUUUACAGUUUGAAGUAACAUUAGCUGCCUAAUGAGAGCAGCUACUGUUACUUACAGCAGGUAUAAACCUAUAGUUAGUCACAUCUCUGACUGUAUGCACUGGUUAAUGUUUUUUAACAAUCAACCACUAGAAAACAAUCUGUCUCCAGGCACCUUUAACAUGUUAUAUCAUGUUUGUUUAAUUAGUACAAAACAAAGAAAAAAAAAGUAAGAAGUUUACAGGAUCUUUAUGCUCAGCUCAGCAAGCAUCUCCCGGCUCCUGCUACAUAUUUACCAUACAGAUGUUAGAGUGGUAUUGCUCUUCCCAUUUAACUCUUCUCGAGAACCCGAAUGUGCAUUUUCCGCAAAACAUCAAACUACUCCUUUAAAAUCCUUCCGCUUCUCCCAGCUUUUGGCAAAACCGUGAAAUAAAAACAGCCCAAAUGUGAAGCACAAUUUCCAGAGCAGCAGUGGGAACUGUUAGCGGUGGGCUCCAGUUAGUGCGACUUAGCUAGCUGCCUAAAUCGACAAAGGACGUUUUCAGCAAUCCAGGGAUUCAGAAUGAUCAGUAUUUAACCUAUAUGUAUAUGUAUAUAAUUAUAUAAAUGUAUUCGGAGUAUAUUAUUUUUACAGCUUCUAUUUCAAUGCCGUAUUUAAAUACUUCCGAUGACCUCGUAGUGUUGACUUGUAGCAAUAGUCGCUUUUCCUCCCUUCAAGCUACCUGUACACAUCUUAAUGUGCUGGACUAAUGGUACAACUUUAGCUGUAAAAUAUAUGAUAAAAUCGUGUCCUUGCAGAAAAAGUGAUAUUGUUAUUUUUGUUAUAUUGUGUAUAUAUUUGACAUUGUUUCGUGUCUCUGGUGGACUAAGCUAUGUUCAUGUGUAUUUUUUUUUUUUUUAAAGGUACUGAACGUUGCAUGGUCAAAAGCUUUACUGACAUAAACAAGGCUCCUUCUCAUCUGCCUUUGUAUUUGAUAUUUAUGUGUAAAAAGAAUAUUUUGUUAUGUAUGCUCGUUUGUUUGUCACCCUGUACCUCCAAUAGACAGAUAAUUGCAUUGUUCAAGCUUUUCUCCAGAGGACUUAAAGGCAGACAGUGACUCAGUUUGGUGCAGUUCUGGCUAAAUAACUGUCCAAUUAAUUUCUCCAUGAAUCGUUUGGUCUGUGAAAAUUGUGUAAACUCACAAUUUGUCACAGUCACAAUUCUGAGAGGCCCAGUGUGACAGCCUCAAAAUACUUGCUUUGUCCAACCCACAGUUCACAAGUCAAAGAUGUAGUGUACUCUCACAUAAGAUAAAGAUAAAAAUGUACUCAUUCCUCAAAAGUUACAAGCUUGAACCUGUGAUUUUUUUAUUUGAAAACAUGGGCAAAUAUUCAAUCCGCAUCCAUCUCCACACAAACACUGCAAAAAAACGUCCAUCUCAGAUCAUCCACAGUCUAAAAAUCUAAAUUUCAAUUUCAUUUUUAUGUGAUCCAAAUCAGAAUCACCUUGAUCAAAUGUUAUUUUCUAGGACUUCAUCCCUCAAAUGCAAAAACAAGAGAAACUGAAUUGACAAUAAGUGAAUCUGUCAUUUAUUUGCAUCUAUUUGCAUUUAUACAAUUUUCAUUUUAUUUUUGUUCCACACCCUCCUACAUGAUAUCUGUUAAUGAUCCUGCUGCUUCCCGGUGAAGCUGUGGCUGCCGCUGUCAGUCCGAGCAGCUCUGGUGAAAGUGAGUUUCAGCGGGGUUCCUUUCAAACCAUCUGUCUGCCCAGGCAACACAGAAACAACCAGGGCCUCAUUUAAGGAAGUCAGUGUGGAGCGUCGGCUGCUCUUUGAUACCUUUUAGAUCCUUCAUUGAAAUUGGAAGAUUGUUUUUUAGAUCUGAAAGCUGCCAACACACAUUUCAAAGAUCCAAUUUGACUGAGGUGUUUUUACUAAGAGGCCCUCAAAUUGAUUCUCAAAGGAUGCACUGAAACUAGUCUAGUCUUUUUUUUUUUUAAUGGAUUUUGGCAUUAAACAAAAAUUGAAACACUUAAAAUAAGGUCUAAAUUCACUACUUUUUACCUGUCUUGUCCUCUUUGUCCUUUGGAGAGAAAAUGCCACAUGGAAAGCAUCGCUAAACAAAACGGAAAAUUGCUUUGUAUUGAUCCUGAGAAAUGUAUGGUCAUAAUAAAGUAUAUUAUUUUACAUUCA